AUGGCUCCGCAGCCUACCUCUCUGCCAGACGCUGACGAUCUGCUCCGGGAGAUUCUCCUGCGCCUGCCCCCGCGGCCUUCCUCCCUCCCCCGGGCCUCUCUCGUCUGCAAGCGUUGGCGCAGCCUCGUCACCGACCCCCAAUUCCAACGCCGCUUCCGCGACCACCACGGCAAGCGUCCUCUCCUUGGCUUCUUCAUCGACGACCGUCUCUCCUGUCCGUUUUUUCCAAUGCUGGAUCGACCAGAUCGCAUCUCCGGCGCUCGCUUCUCCAUGCCUCCCAACAAGGACGACCGCAUCGUCGACUGCCGCCACGGACUUGUCCUUUUCGUCAGCCCAAGGCCGCCGCGCCGCCUAGUUGUGUGGGAUCCCGUCGUCCGCGAGCAGCGCCGCCUCAUCUUCCCACCAGAGCUGGAAAGCGAUCAGAUGCACUUCAACGGGGCGGUGCUUCGCCCUGCCCUCGGCCAAGGAUGUCGUUCGAGCUAUUUCCAGGUGGCCCUGCUAGCCCUAGACAGAUGGAGGACUCAUACGAGAGUUUCCGUAUGCCUUUACUCAUCGGACACCGGCAUAUGGAGCAACAUCAACUCACUGCAGCUGCAAUCAUUUAUCUCUACGGUAGAACCCAGUACAUUGAUUGGGAAUUCCUUUUGCUGGUUACUUACCGGUCGUUAUCGCCAUGUCAUACUUGAGUUUGAUCUAGAUAGGCAGAGCCUGGCUGUGACAGAGCUGCCACCACAGGUACAACCCGGCCAUCACAACUUAAGGAUUCUGCCUGCCGGAGAUGGUGGGCUUGGCUUCAUCCAUCUCUCAAAAUUUCAUGGCCAAUUAUGGAAGAGAGAGCCUGAUUCUGUAUGGGUGCUCGACAGAGCUAUUGGAUUCGAGCAACUUAGAUCAACUUGCAACGGAGACUCCCUCACUUUAGUAGGGGUUGCCGAGGAAAGUAAUGCAAUCCUUGUACGAGCAGCUUCUAGAGUCUUCAUGGUCUAUCUCCAGUCAAUGGAGUUUAAGAAAGUUUUCAACAUGAGGUUCUUCUAUCACCAUUAUCCAUUUGCAUGUUGCUAUGCUGCAGUUAAAAAUGAAAGAGAACUAAAGGGAGGCUGA